AAUCUUGGUCCAGGAAUUUGCCGUCGCCACCCUAUAACAAAAUGUUUGAAGAAACCCAAGAUCAUACGUCAAGGCCAUUUGCUUUUCAAAUACAUGCGUGACACAUGUAUUCCUGUCGCCUCCCAUGAUGACAUUCCAGUCCAAUGGGCGAGCAAUGGCCGGAAAGAAAACUCACGAAAAGCUCUCUCUCUCUCUAUCUCUCUCUCUCUCUGUGACAAUCUGUAUUCGAUUUAUACUUUUUCAAAAUCAAUGUAGUUGGACGCUUUGCAAACCGUCUAUAAGAAGCAAAGGUGGCGGCUCCCAUCCGGUCACAUGCACACAAAAGGAGUAGAAGAAGGAGAAGGAAGACGGAGAAGAUGGGCAAAGGAAGCAGCUCAUCAUCAGCUUCUUCAUCGACGGCCUCGUCCAUGUCUCGGCGUCUCAAGAAACGCCUCACCACCGACCUCAACCUCGCGCUCGGGUUCUCCCCGGCUUCUCACCAAGAUGGCGGUUACCCUUUCUCGCCAAAGGAGGCUAUUGAAGAAGAAGGAGACGAAUGCGACAACGCGGCUACCUUCUACGUGAAGGUCUACAUGGAGGGCAUUCCCAUCGGUAGGAAGCUGGACCUGAUGGCUCAUGGUGGAUACUGUGACUUGAUCAGAACUCUAGAUUACAUGUUCAACACCAACAUCAUGUGGUCAGAAGAGGAGGGAGCUCAAUGUGGAGGGUGUCAUGUGUUGUUAUAUGAAGACAAGGAAGGGGACUGGUUGAUGGUUGGGGAUGUUCCUUGGGAGAUGUUCCUGUCAAGUGUGAAGAGACUGAAGAUUACAAGAAUAGAGUGAUUUUGCAAGAGUUUACUGUUCAUCCACCAGAAAACAAAUUUUGCUCUUUCUCUCGCUCUCUCUCUCUCUCUCUCUGCCCCUCUCAGCAUCUCCUUCUGCAAAGCAACGUGAAGAUGAGUUGUCCAUGGAUGUGCCCUUUCGUUUUGGGCCAAAGCCACACACACGUGCUUCAGAGCCAGACGAUAGUUACUGUGUACAUAACUCACACCCAAUGAUAUGAGAACAGUCAACAAGAGUUUCUUCUUUCCCUGUUA